CCGAAAGCCCCGGUGUCUGCUGGGAAAAUAGAAGCUGUCGACUAACCGCCAUCUUUCUUUAUCGCAAGUUAGCAGGGCAAAAUAACAUCAGUUUCGAAUGAAUAUUUCUCAAUUACAGCAACAUUUUAGGAACCCAGCUUGGUGAAUUGUUGUAAAUAACGAGUUCUAUGAGGUGUGUGUGCAGGCCAAUUUCAGAUAUAGUGCAUCUGUCCGCCAUACGACACAUUAGUUGUGUGUAAGCGCUCGACUUGUGGAGGUGGUCGACAUGGGCCGCUCUCGGAGCCGCAGCUCGUCCCGGUCCAAACACUCUAAAAGCAGCAAGCACAGCAAAAAACGGAGCCGGUCUCGGUCCCGGUCCAGGGACAAGGAGAGGUCCAAGAAGCGAUCCAAGUCCCGGGAAUCAAAGAGGAGUCGACGCAGAGACUCUCGCUCCCGUUCCCGGUCCACCACGGCUUCGUCCCGUAAAGACAGAGCAGCCUCACCGCCGGAGCGCAUUGACAUCUUCGGCAGGACACUGAGCAAAAGGAAUGCCCUGGACGAGAAGCAGAGGAAGGAGGAGGAGGAAAAGAAGGCAGAAAUAGAAAGACAAAGGAAGAUGUCCUUCAGCCGCCAGCAAGAGAUUGAGGAGAAGCUGAUUGAGGAGGAGACGGCGCGGCGCGUGGAGGAGCUUGUGGCCAAGCGGGUGGAGGAGGAGCUGGAGAAGCGAAAGGACGAGAUUGAGCGGGAGGUGCUGCGGCGCGUUGAGGAGGCCAAGCGCAUCAUGGAGCGGCAGCUGCUGGAGGAGCUUGAGAGGCAACGGCAGGCUGAGCUGGCCGCGCAGAAGGCCAGAGAGGAGGAAGAAAAAUCCAAGCGGGAGGAGCUGGAGAAAAUCCUGGAGGAGAAUAACCGCAAGAUUGCUGAUGCUCAGGCCAAGCUGGCUGAAGAGCAGUUGCGCAUAGUGGAGGAGCAGAGAAAGAUUCACGAGGAGCGCAUGAAGCUGGAGCAGGACCGUCAGAGGCAGCAGAAGGAGGAGCAGAAAAUCAUCCUUGGCAAGGGCAAGUCCCGGCCCAAGCUCUCCUUCUCCCUGAAGGCCGCCGAAUGAGUGACUGCUCCCCUUCGUCCGCACGCCCUGCCCCGCCUCCAGCCUGCCCUCAUCCCCAUCCAGCUAUCCCUCCUCAUCAUUCGACUCCUCCUCCUCCUCUCUGGAACGCUCGCUUCGUUUUUGGAAGUGCCGAAGGAAGGACGAGGAAAGGGCAACCCCGGUGUGUCACCUCACCCCACCCCUCCCACCCCCCGCCCCCGGCCUCGGAGAGGUGGCAGCUCUUCGCCCUCGAAGGACCUUACUGCCCCUGCCACACACACACCCACACCAUCCUCCCUCUCCCCCCCUUCUGCACAGAUGACUCUAGUUUGUGCUUUUUUUUUUUUUUUUUUUUUCUUUUGUUCGGUUUUAUUUUCAUUUUUAAGGAACUUGAACUUUGGUGUAGAAUGCUGUUACUUGUCCCAUAUACCCCAUAGGUCUUAACUCAUGGUCUAACAAUGAGCGCCUGUCCGCCCGCGCUCUUUUCUUAAUUCUCUUCACAGCCAGCAAGCUAGAAUAAUAUGGAAGAAAAUGUGUUGACUGUGUCCAGUUCAGCUUACUUUAAAACCUCAUGCGCAGCUUGGGAGUUGGCCUGCGGUUUUCCUGUUGUGGCUGUUUUUUAAAAAAAGAAGAGAGAGAAAAAAAAUCGGACUCGUCACAGCGGCUGACACAGGGUAACAAAUCACGGCUCAGCCCUCAAAAAGCACACGGUCACCUCCCGUCCAGCUUGACAGGUUUGUGUCUUCCACCCUCCUCCCGCCUUCCUCUUCCCGUUUGCCCCGGUCGCCACAUACAUAGCCAGCUCCUUCCCUCCACUUCCGCUUUGCUCUCUCUGCCAUAUGUAUAUAUUUUCCGGAUGGCAUUUCAACAUUUGGUUCUGUCCCGAGUGGACACGUGAGCCUCACAUGAAGCUCAAGGCGCCGCGGUGCAGGUGAACCCAGGCUGCGCUCCCAAACUGCCCAUGACGGACUGCAACAGGAUACGUGUCUUGUCUACGUUAAUGGGGGUAACGGAGGAGAGGGGGCAUUUCCUGUAUGAUGUAAUGUUAUUAGCCUUGCUGUGAUGUGCUGUCCCCUCCCAACCACCACCACCACAUAUAAGUCAAGAUUGUGUAAAUGAAAUGAACCCACACUCAGAAGAAACAAACUAUCACAGUAACAGUAUAUUUGAGCAUUGUUUUAUUGAAGUGAUUGGAGAAGUCUCUCGGGUGAAUUGUACAAAAACACCCGACCAUACAAUCCAUAUUCUGUCCCUCUGUUUUGUUGUUGUACAAAUUGAACUUGGGCAGCCUGCCUCAGUUGGUAACUCUUGGUUCGUAGAGGAUGGACAAGUUCAGGUAAGAUCAGCAGCGCAGGUUUGAGGUCAGCCGUGAGGUGUGUGUGUGUGCGCGUGUGGGUGGAUGGAUGAGUGGUGAGUGUAUGUAUGCAUGUGUGUGUGGUUCUCACAAGCUGACCUCAGGUGGGUAUAAAGGGUUUUUUUUCUGUUUUGAGGCUUUGAAUUUGUCUUGUAAUUUCCCCUGAUUGUCAAGGGACUGAACAAUUCACCAAUAAAUCCAUUGAAUGCGCUCCACUGAGCUGUGGCUGUGA